AAUAGAAAGCAAGGAUUAAUCACUCACUUUUCUCUUCUUCUUGUACUUGUUUUAUUUCUUUAAUUAUUCUUAUUAUAUUUCAUUUUUAAGGUUCAGGGUUUUAGCCUUUAGGUGAAAUCCGUGCUGCAAUGCCACUAUACUGCUUUCACAUUCCACCCACAACUCUAAACCCUAGUCAUUUCCACCAAAAAUCCCACAAAGUCCUCGGCACCCACAAUGAGAAAAGGGUUUUGGCCAGCCGGAAAAUUUCCCAUGCUGCUCAUUCGAGAAUUUCACCUCUCUGGACUGUGGAUGAGAUUGCAGAAGCUGUAAAUGGCACAAUUGUACAACGGGGUCCUCCAGGACCCAUUUGUACGGAUACCAGAACCCUUGAACCAGGCCAAUGGUUUUUCGCGAUCAGGGGCGAAAAUUUUGAUGCCCAUGAGUUCAUAACACCCGAAUUGGGCCAUAAAGGCUGUGUUGGAGUGAUUGGAAACUGGGUUUGCCCGAAUUGGGACAAGGGCUUUGUGGAAAUGGGUGGUGAGACCCUAACUUCAUUGGAGAAGAUGGCCAAUUAUGCAAGGAAUAAGUUUCACGGCUGUUUGGUUGGGGUAACAGGAAGUGCGGGGAAGACUACUACAAGAACCAUGAUAGCAUUGACUCUUGAAAGCCUAGGCCUGGUUCACCAAACUCAUGGGAAUGAGAAUAAUAGAAUUGGAGUCUGUUUGUCGUUAAUUGGGAUUCCUCAGAAUGUGGGGUUUGUAGUUUUGGAGUUGGGAAUGGAUAGAAGAGGAGAGAUUAUGGAGCUUGCAAGAAAGGCUCGGCCAUCCAUAAGAGUGAUUUUGAAUGUGGGGUGUGCUCAUUUGGAGAAUUUUGCAAGUUUAGAGGAGGUUGCAAUGGCAAAAGGGGAGAUUUUGGCAGAAGCCAAGCCAGGGGAUGUGUGUGUUCUGAAUGCAGAUGAUCCUCUUGUUAUGAGCCUUCCUGUUCCUCAUGGUGUCAAAAAGGUGCUAUUUGGUCAGAGGUUAGAGUGUGAUGUUCGGUUUGCAGCAGAAAAAGUGCAUGGGGGUCAUGGAGUUCGAGUGGUCCUAGAGAGAAAUCAUGAAAAGGUGGAAUUUGUGAUUCCCAGCCCAGGUCUGCAUUUGGCUCAGAAUGCAUGUGCGACUGCUGCAGUGGCAGUUGCAUUGGGGGUUUCUCUUCCUCAAGUUGGAAUAUCAUUGUCGAGAUUUAUUCCUGUUAGCAUGAGAUCAGAGCUUGAAGUUGCAAAAACUGGCAUCAAAAUUAUCAAUGAUGUUUACAAUGCCAACCCUGUUAGCACCAAGGCUGCCAUUGAAUUACUGAAAAACAUUGAUUGCAAAGGAAAAAGAGUUGCAAUUCUUGGCGAUAUGCUAGAACUUGGUCAAGCAGAGACAGUGUCUCAUGAGAUGAUGCUAAGCCUUUGUUGUGAUUCCCAUUUUGAUCUAAUUGCUCUUGUUGGAAAGCGGUUCCUUAGAGCAGCUGAGAAUUUAAAUCUAGUUGGGGAAAGAAAUUUGUUAUAUUCACCUGAUGCGGAAAGCUUGGCAUUUGAAAUUGUGCAAAGGUUAAAUAGAAAUGACGUUAUUUUGGUGAAGGGCAGUCGGGGAAUGCAAAUGGAAAAAGUUGUAGCUGCAAUAAAGGCCAUGAAUCUAGGCUUUCCACAUGAAUAGUAAGGGGAUAGGAAUCAACUCAAUUUAGAAUUUUUUUUGUGCAAAACAAAGCUGUCACAUAAGAUGACUAACUGGAAACCUCAGUUGUUACAUUAAAACUACUAUGCUAUGUUUUAUAAAAUGACUACUUUGUCUAACAACAUUUACAUGGAAAGGCAGAUUUAUGGGCUUUGUCGAACCUGUUGAUUGCAUUCAAUUGGAAAACUAGAAUUUUGGAGGAACCAUAUCAAUCUUGAGAGUAAUUCAGAAGUUUGUCAUACGCACGCUAUGUUGCAACAAAAAAAAAAGCUGGCAAGAUAAGUGGUCUUGAAUAGGUGCUUAAAGGGUUCAGCUGUUGGAAAGUUCAGCCUUCUACAUUUGUCCCAUCACCACCCUCUGAGUGUCAUGUCGCAAAGUUAAGAGGCUCUAAACUCCCAACCCCUCCACUUGAUCUUCCCAAAAGUUCUCUUUAACCCACAUGCUGACUCCUUUUCUACCCUGCCUCCGAGGCUGUGAUGAUUAUUGCUACCAGCGCAUGAAGAGACAGGGGAAACCUGUUGUAUUGUCAUCUAAAUUGAGGUUCAAUCUGGUCUCAUUGAAAUGACAACAUGCAUACAGGCUAUCAGUCUGUAAUCGCUCUGUGGAGUCCCCUAUUCAUACCAGUUCAGGGUAUUCAUGAUAUUCACCUGGCAGUUUGAGUGGAGGAAUGUUAAGCUGGUAUGGCAUGUUCAUUUAGGACUUGAUGGAAGAAUGUUGCUACCUUAAGACCAAUGAGUUGUAUUUCAAUUAUGAUUAUGGGAACUUUGCAAUUGGUGAAACAGUUGAUGAAAAACAAAGUUGCUCUUGUCCAGCAUGUUAAUGUGUGUAUUUAUUUCGUUUUCCACUUUGAUGAUAUCUUGGGGGACUUGAAUGCCAUGAGCUGUUGUGCAUUUUUCUCUGUAUUUUAUGGAAAGCCUUUUGUCUGUAAUUGGUGUUAUUAACUUGUAAUGAAUGUAAUACAUUUCUAUGUGUCCA